UUUUCGCCCGCGAAAACGGAGCAUCCUGCCAGAACUGGCCCGCUGACCAAGUGAGCCCAGCGAAAUGAAUCCAUUUGGCUGAGAAUUGUGUUGUUUGUGUGCGUGCAGAGUGGUAACAUGGUCUCUAAUCACAACUAACAUGGGUGUAUUGCAAUACUUACCGUCGCUUCUGCCUUUCGCUGCUCUGUUGUACAUGAGGGCUCAGGAUACGACAGCCCCACUCACGAAAGACAGAUGGGAGACUGAGUAUGAUUAUAUAGUUGUGGGCGGUGGCUCAUCUGGUGCUGUCGUAGCCAGUCGUUUAUCAGAAGACCCAAAUGUCAAAGUUUUGCUAUUAGAAGCUGGAGGUCCCGAGAAUCAGAUAACAGAUGUCCCCUUGGUAGCAGCUAGUCUUCAGCAGACGCCUGUUGAUUGGGCCUAUCAGACUGAACCCCAGGAAGCAGCAUGCUUUGGACUCAAAGGCCGGCGCAGCAGAUGGCCUCGUGGUCGUGUUCUUGGUGGUUCCAGUGUUCUCAACUACAUGCUGUACGUCCGAGGGAAUAAAAAGGAUUAUGACAACUGGGAGAAACUGGGAGCGAAGGGUUGGUCUUGGAAAGAUGUGUUUCCUUAUUUCCUCAAGUCUGAAGAUAACAGAGAUCCUCCAUUAGUUGAAUCAGGUUACCAUGCUACUGGUGGUUAUCUAACUGUAAGUACACCCCCUCAUGCAACUCCUUUGGCAAAAAGUUACGUAGAAGCAGGUCUUGCUAUUGGAUAUCCUAACAUUGAUAUCAACGGUGAAAAGCAGGGAGGAUGGAUGAUUCCUCAAGGCACUAUUAGAAGAGGUGCUCGCUGCAGCACUUCAAAAGCUUUUUUGCAGCCUACACGUGGGCGGAAAAAUCUGGAUAUUGUUGUUUUUGCACAUGCUACUAAAAUUCACUUUGAUCGUUACAAACGUGCUCGAGCUGUAGAGUUUGACCGGCUUCGAAUUACUCAUGUUGUCAGUGUUCGUAGGGAAAUCAUUUUAUCAGCCGGAGCAAUAAACACACCACAGUUGCUUAUGUUAUCAGGUGUAGGCCCACGGCAUCAUCUACAGGAACUUGGGAUUCCCGUGGUUAGUGAUUUGCCUGUUGGAUAUAAUCUGCAAGAUCACAUAUAUCCAGGCGGAAUGCAUGUUCUCAUUAAUGCUCCUCUUUCUAUUGUACAGCCUCGCAUUAUCAACUUAAUGGAUAUUAACAACUUCAUCCUUUUUGGAAGAGGACCGUUUACAACACUGGGUGGAGUAGAGACUUUAGGCUUCAUCCAUACUAAGUAUGCAAAUGCUUCUGAAGACUGGCCAGAUGUGGAGAUUCAUUUUGUAUCUGGAAGUCCUGUAUCAGAUGGUGGACAAACAUUUCAGAGAGUCAUGGGGGUAUCCCAAAAGCUAUGGGAUACAUUCUAUAAACCUUAUGUAUUCAGAGAUACAUUUUCAAUGAAUCCAGUUUUAUUAAGGCCCAAGAGCAAAGGCUUCAUCAAACUUCGUUCAAAGGAUCCUUACGAUCCUCCAAUCAUAGAUCCAAAGUAUUUAACUCAUCCGCAUGACAUUAUGACAAUGGUUGAUUCCAUGAAAAUAGCUAUUUCUGCAAUGAAAACUCCAGCUAUUCAGAAAUACGGUGGAAAACUCUUUGAUUCAUCCUUGCCUGGCUGUGAUCAAUAUCAAAGGUAUGGCGAUGAAUUUCUGGAAUGUCUAGCAAGGACAUACACUGCAACUUUGUAUCAUCCGGUUGGGACUUGCAAGAUGGGCAGUGUUUGGGAUCCGACAACAGUUGUGGAUCCCCAACUCAGAGUGAAAGGUACUCAUAAUCUGAGAGUUGCUGAUGCGUCCAUAAUGCCAGAAAUAGUUUCUGGGAAUACAAAUGCACCUUGUAUAAUGAUAGGAGAAAAAGCUGCAGAUAUUAUUAAAGGGAAGAAAACGGUUUUGAAAAGAAGAAAAAAGAAUAAUGGCUGAGGCUCUGAAAACAAGUAAGGCAAAAUAUUAAUGGCACAUUUCAAGGUCCGUUCAAGUAACUGUGAUACACUGUGCUUAAUAGAAAUGCAGAUUAUAGUAGAUUCUAUUCUGUAUGCUAUGGCUCCUAUGAAACUGAAACUUAUUUAUGUGGGAAUGAUUAAGAUCCCACUUUGCUCAAUAUCGCGUGAUCUGUAUUAAACGUGUGACACGCGUUUAGGUCAAAGAUGUCUAGAGGUGACUUUCACUUCAGGGAUCAGUUGCUUUGACUAUUGUGAUAGUUAUGUAAAUAUUAUAUUUGUACAUACGUUUGUAAAGUUCAUUUUUUAUAAAUCGUUAUCUAGCAAACUAUGUGUGCUCUAAUAGAUAACUACGAUUUUAAUGUAUGUUUUUUUAUAUAUUUAUUUAAACACAUUCAAAUUUUAUAUUUUCAUAUAAAUUUAUAAUAAAGCUAUAAAAUUUCAAAUAGUUAUGCGCAUUUGGGUACCUACCUGUUGGAAGAACUCAAAAUAGUGUGAGAACUGUAUAAUUUUAAAAUAAAUGUU